UCACCAUGCUACGAUAAUUCCACAAUACUAUUGUAACAAUAGUACUAUCUAUUUUGGCGGUUUUAUUCAGCGCGUCUAUGCCGCCCGAGUUAGUUACGUAUGGACGUAGAAUGCAAUUUAAUAUUUGAAUAGUGUGAUACUGUGGAGAAACUCUUCACUCACCGACCUGUGUCAAAUCUUUGCUCCAACUGCUGGACGUCCGUUGCCUAUGAUAUUAACUACCUUACUGUAUUUGUAUAAUAUAAUAGCUGCUUAACGCUUUACGAAAUACGAAUAGUUAUAAAUGUUAACGUCUUGACGUAUUAUUGUAUAGUAUCUGACUUGUUUGAUUCGUCAAGAUCAAUGAUCAUUCAUGACAAAAAAUGUAAUAUAUUUAAUAUAUUAUAAUAAUUUUAAGGCAGAACGGUUAACCCGCUAUGAUGUUAUGAUAAUUUCGUAAUUAUUUUUGAGAAAUUAACUUAACAAUUUAUUCUAUCACUUGAUCGUUUUGACUUCAUUAUAAAAAGAAAACAGGAUAACAAACAAUGAAUUCCAAAAAAAUUCAAAAAAAAUUAAACUUUGAAGAAGUAUUUUGUAUUGCAUGUAGAAGCAUUUAUUUACAACCCGUGACAAUGCCAUGUGGUCAUACACUCUGUCUAGAAUGUUUCAAAAGUAUGGUGGAUUUAACGGCUUACCAGUGUCCCAUGUGCCGAAGACGAAUAAGUAAUUGGCUUCGUAAAUUCAAACAUGAUUGGGAUGCCAUGCUUAAUGUAAAACUUUGGGAAGCUAUAAAACAGCAGUACCCAGUUGAAGUACAGAAAAGGUUAAAUGAUGAAGAUGAUGGCCUCGAAGAACGUAUUGUCAACCAUGGCUUUAGUCGGGUUGAAAUUAAAGAAGGAGAAAUAAAAAAAGAAUUUGAUGACAUGCAAAUGAGUAUUUAUAAAGAACAGGAAGAAAGAGAGUUGCAAAAUUUGGAAAUUGCUAAAAAAUUACAAGAAGAAGAAGUUGUUAAGAUUCAAACUCAAACAUCUUUAAUUGAAGAAUUAACACGGGAAGAUUCUAUAAUAGCCACGUCUAUUCAAGAAAAUAUAAUCAAAGAACUUCACCAAGAAGAAAUAAUUUUAAUCCAAUCAGAUUUGGAUUUGGCGACAAAAUUACAAAAUCAGAUUUCCACUGAAACAAGCAUUUGUACGAAAAAGUCAGUUUCUGAAAAAAAACAAAUCAAAAAAGGACCCCUGGAUAAAAUGUUUUCUAGGACCGAAAAUAAUUCUAAGAUACAAUGGAAUAAUACACAAAACUGUAGUUUAUCUAGCACUAUCUCUUCAUCCAGUACAAAAUGUGAAAUUCAAUCUUCUAAUACAUCAUUAAUAAGUUUUUCUUCAGAUCCGUGUACGAGUUCAACAACUUUAGAUUCAUCUGAAAUAUUUGAAGAUGAAAAUGAAGCUACUUGUACUUGUGGACGUUUACAAGAUAACUUAACCACAAAUAGUCCUCCUUGUUCAUUUUGCGUUGCUCAAAUAGCAUUGUUGAAUAAAUUGUGGACUCAACAACAAAAUGAUUUUUUAGUAGCUAAAGAUUUAGAAAAAAAGUUACGUAUGGAUAAUUUCGAUGAUUAUAACUUAAGGAAAAGACCAGGUUCAACUGUAAGCCUUGCUCUCAAAAAAAAAAGAAAACUGUCUAAAGGACAAUUGACAUUGAAACAAGUAUUAAAGGACAAUGGCAACACAACACUUUGGAAAUAGUAGUAUAAACUAUUUUUGAAGAAAUAUAUUAACUAUAAAAUAAUUUAAAAAUUAAAAUUAAAAGACAGUGAAGAUUUAAAUAUUAAUUUAUAGUUUUGUAAUAAACAAAAAUUAUAUUAACA